AUGCUGAAAUUCAUCUUUGCCGCAAGAGAUACUGGAGCACUUCCACCAUAUCAAUACUCCAAACUCGCUACCUCAGAGUCGAUCCGAAUCAUCGCACUACAUCAGGCUGAAGCGUUCAACGACCCCCUUCACUGUACCAUCAUCACCAAAGAUCGACCAGGACUUUACAAGUUGACCGACAACUGCCUGAACUACUACGAAGCUAUUUCAUAUGCCUGGGGAAUUCCUGAAUUUACGAAGGCCCUUAUCUGUAAUGGCAACAGUGUUUCGAAGAUCACCCCCAAUGUCGACAACAUGCUUCGCCGCUUGCGAAAGAAGCACCGAGUUCGAUACCUCUGGAUUGAUGCGAUCUCGUUGAACCAAGCGGAUAAAGAAGAGAAGGCGCAGCAAGUUCCACUUAUGAGCAAGAUAUAUAACCAGGCCGCAAGGGUUCUUAUUUGGCUGGGGGACGAGAAACAUUGUAUAAAAGAGUCAUUUGCUCUGAUCCGAUCCUUUGCUUUGGCGCAAUACGACAACGUGAGGAUAGAGGAAUUGAUCACGUCCCUUCCUGAAGACUGGCAUUUGAUUCUUAAUUCAUUGCUCGACAGGCCAUGGUUCCGGCGACGAUGGAUCCUUCAGGAGGUAGCUCAAAGUCGAAAUACUACAAUUCAAUGUCACACCGAGGAAAUCGGCUGGGUUUGGCUCGUAGACGCUGUUAGUUAUCUUAAAAGUCACACGAGCAUUCAAAAUCAGCCAAAACUGAGCAGCCACUCAUUUCAUGCUCUCGACACCGUGCAGAACAUCCAGGGCAAAAAUACUGAUUGGCUCGACCUUCUCUGGAAUCUUGAUCAUGCCGAAUGUUCAGACCCCAAUGAUAGACUCUUUGCCCUAUACGGGCUAGCUAAAUCGACGCCAGAAAACCUUACUCCAGCGAUUGACUGCAAGAUUGGUUGGAAUAUUAAUUUUACCAACUUCGCUACCAAGUGCGCUGUCAAUGGUCGAUGGUUCAAUUUAGUGCAACACGUUGCUGCUUUUGGG